AUGCUGGAGAAGCAAGGCCUUACCUGGGGCAGCUUCGUCAAGUGGAUCUCCGGUGCAAAUGGCCAUGGCCAAGCUCGCUGGGAUGGUUUCUUCUCUUGCUCGAAGGACGUCGUCGGUGUCCUGGACCUGUGGGCCAAUCAGUCAUCCAAGAAUGGGAGAAGAACAGUACGAGAAUGGGCCUUCGAGGUGGUCGCACAGGAAGUUGAAGCAGAGGCUAAAGUAACAACUGAGAGCAACUUACUGCAGACCAGAACCCAGGCGUUCACGAACGAGCGGAUUCUCUCCUUCGAUCUCACAAGUCUCCACAACAGCAUCUUUGGCAUGUGCCCGGUGUCGACUGCCCUCCUCACUCGCUUUGCCGAUACCCCUCGGCAGCACAAGACCGUAACUGCACGGAGCGAGGCUAGUCUGGAUGACGAGAGGGAUGACCCGUCAGUGAUCCGCAAGAAACGACGAAUCGGGACGGUCCUUGUUGAUCUGUUAGGCGAAAGAAGUCAGAACAAUAGCUUCAUCAAGCACACCAAUGCUCUCUACUUCUAUGCCAACGGGACGUCGCGCCAGUCUAUCUCGGUUGCAUCUGCCCUCGGGAUCUGCAGCAGCUACACCACCAUCGUCGGGAGCGCCAAAGUUCACCGUAACUUCGACAUGCCGCCACCUGGCCUGGAAGAGGAUGACAAUGCGAAGCCUGAGACGCCCGCGUCUUUCUGGCGGGGCGCGGGACUGCUUCGACGAGUAGGGUACUCUUGCCGCCUGGCUGCUCGGGAACUGGCUCACUCUUCCCUCGCUGGCUAUGUCUAUGACAACAUCAACGUCACAUUCAAGGUUUCUGAACAAGUUCUGGGGCAUCAAGACACUGUGGAGAGCGGCACAUGCGCUACAAUCUUCUCGCUCUUUGACGCCUCACCAGCCGACAUGAAGACCAAAGAUCUUGUUUCUUCAAUCAAGACAGCCAGACCCCUCCAGAUGGGCGACCUUCGCCUCGAUAAUGACGACCUGAAGCUCCUCGAUAAGUCUAUUGCUCAUGCUAUUCUACGUGUCAUCGUUCAUGGCAACCACGCAUUCACCAAAUUCCGUCCACAAGUCAAUGCCACCCUUCCCCCCAACGACCACAAAAUCCCUCUACACCAGACGUCAAUACACCCGCUUCCCACCAUGAAUAUCGACGAGUCUAGCGUGACAGGCAAUGCGUCAGUUCUAGACUACAUUUUCCGCCGCGAGCUACAGUUCGAUUUCAACGCAGCCACGUUCCGCGAAGUCGUACGACUGGUCUUUGGCGACCAGCUCUCUAUCGCCCGCCUCCGCACUCUCAUCAUGCACCGCGUCGGCCACGACACACUCGCGACAUCCCAUGCGAAUCUCGUUCUUGGCCCUGGCCUGUUCCAUUACCAGCUUGCUCUCGUACACGGGAUACUCGACACUCAUUUCGGCGAGCCCAGCCCUGACUCCGAACAGAUGCUCCCAUCGAUUAGCUACUGUAGACGGACACUCAAUCCGGCGAGUAUCUCAUUCUUCAACAGUGUACUUGGGCGCAAACCCAUCUUCCUGUCCUCCCUGCCUCCCUAUCGCACUUGUCGUGACCUCAUUUUCACAUCUCUCACUGCUGCUGUCAUGUCCUGCCUCAAAAUAGUCAUGAACGUCGACGACCUUGAAGAGCUUGCGUCAGAACUCACGUUCGAAGAGCUUGAAGCCCAUGCAUUGGAGAUCCACAGACGCUUCAACAUUGGUGCCGUGAACGUCCUGCGCGAGGAGCGCAACACGGAGGUAGAAGAUCGCCUCGACGAACGCAAGCGCAAACUCGAAGUCACAGGCAAGAGCGUCAAGGACGAAGAACCCCCAUUCAAUCCCCUCAUCAAUGUCAACACAGGAGACAUGGUAUAUGAGAACGCUAUCCUAUUCCUCCGUGACGCCCUCCUUCUACGCGGGUUCGAUGACGCUAUCAGGGCCGGAUGUUCAGGCCGAAUUCUUCGCACUCUCAAAGUUCUCGCAUUCGCCUAUCGGGGGCUUGGUCGUACGAAGUACGCUCAUGAGGUACUGCAUUUGGUGCACGGACUUACCACAGUCUGGCCGGAACCCUUACGCGCGAUCGUGCUCAAGAACUGGCUCGUGAACCCGACCGGAAUGGAGAACGCGUGGGUACCAGUUGAUCUGUUGCAGGAGCAUAUGAACCUGAUGAUCAAGAGUAUCUACAAAGCCCGUGGCAGCAACAUGUCUUGGUCAUGGUUCGAGAUGAUCUCGCCAUCCGUCAUCACCCUCCGCCAUCUUACGACGAAAAUGAACGCCUUCCUUGGAGACAAGACUGGUAACAAACACGCCUCCCCUAAGGUCUUCCUCGACAUCGCCUCGUUGCAGGAGUCUAUGGAGACGCACCGGAUUUUCGUCAUUGAGAAGGGACGGGUGCUUACUGGGAUGAAGAAGCCCGUGGUACCCAACGCUGUUGAUGUUGGAUUCGAAGCAACGCCGGGCCCUCUCGAGGAUUACAACCAGACGUUCAAACGGCUCCAGGUGCGCCUCCGGCGAAUCCCACUUCUCGACCUCCUUGCUCGCUGCACUACCACCCUGUUUGCGUCUGCCUCGGAGGCCGUAGGCGCAUCAGUAAUUUCCACGAUCUCUGAAUCUAUCUGA